AAACCACACUCUGCGAGGUAUGCUCCGAAUUCUUGCUUAGGUUAUUCUUGAUAGGAUCUUGGUGGUUUGUUUUGGUAGCGGUUUGAUUAGCCGUUUUUUCUGCGUAGGUAGGGUGAUGUGCUUUCGUACUAUUAUUAUCUUCUAUAGAAACAUCAGCGGAUGCACUAUUUGGGUUCACUUCUAUAGGAUUUACGGAAGCAUUCCCGUUUAACUCGUUAAACUGAUUAUUGUAUUCUUCACGAUUAAUUGGCCUUGGUUCGGUAGUGCUCCCAUUGUUCGUUCGAGGAUUAGUCGAUUCUUGUAUGACAAAAGAAUUAUCAACACCAGCACUGUCGGCAUCUACAUAAUCAGUAAGCUCGUCCGUACGCAAGGUUGCUUUGGCAAAGCGGAAAUAUCAGAAUCAGUCUUGUUUUUGUUCACCAAAUCUUGUAACUGAGAAGUUAUAUACGAGAUAGAGGCCGAUAGAGACUGGAUUGCUUCGCCAUUGAUUUGUUGACCCAGUUUUAGACUUUCAAUAUCCGUAUGCACAUCAUCACAUAAUUCAUUUGAUAGUUGAGUGUGGGCUGAGGCAGAUACUUGUGAAUUAUUUGCAUGAUAAUUACACAUCCGUUUACAUAACUCUCUCAUGAUUUCGGUCGCAUUUUCUCCAUUGAUGGAAAGCAAUCCCUUAUUCUUUCUCCAUAGUAUAGUUGAUGUAUCACAACUAAACAACUUCCUAUCACCUCCAGGCUGUUCCCAAGUUCCUUUGAGUUGUAAAUCUUCACUUACAAACUGUUUUAGAGACUCAUAAGUACCUGACCAUGCAAUGCAUAGCUUAUCGCUUAAGCUGGUUGCCAUAUUGUUCAUUGUACAAAUGAAUAAACAACUUUCAAUCGCUAAUAAUCGUCAGGAUAGUCUUUCAUAUAAUUUUUCAUCCAUUCAAGUGUGUUGUAUUGGAUUGUAUUACAAAAAUUUUGAAAUUUUAGAGAGCUCAACAAAGCACGUCUGCUCAUGACCUCACAUGGCUUCACACCUUAUAGAAAACUAUUGUGGACAGAAUGUUGAAAUUUUGAGAUCAUUUUUAGGCAAAUGUAACCUACAUUAUUGGAAAGCUUAGAAAAAACUAAAAUAUAGAUCAUUAAACGGUUAUCUUGCUUUUGCCUAUCCAGCCAAAGUUAUACAAGAUUUAAAAUGCCAUAAAUUUGUAUUUUGUGCAAAUUUUGCGCUAUUUUUCCAACUUUGAGCUAGAAUAACGACAAACUGACCAAUAAAUUGAAUAUAACGGUUUAAUUGACCUUUACAUAGUUUUGUUUAAGCUUUCCAAUAAUGUACUGUAGAUUACAUUUGCCUAAAAAUGAUUUCAAAAUUUGAACAUUCUGUCCACAAUGGUUUUCUAUAGGUAGAAGUAAGAAAAACUCGAUUUUCACCAUGUUCCACCGAAGGGAUUUUUUUUUAUUUUUAGUAUGUUAAUCAGGACACCUACCUUCACAUUUUACCACUGAAAAAUUCUAUUGCAAUUUCUUUGACCUCUGCUCACAUAUUGACUGGACUAAAAGCGGAAAAGUCGAAUACGCGCGCGAAAGGCUGCUAUGAAAAUUCAUUAAUUUGUCAGCGAUCCCCAGCAGCCUUUCGCGCUAGUAUUCGACUUUUCCGCUUUGCUUCAUGUGGACAACCUUAAUUGAAAUAGCUGUAUGUGGAUUUCAGAGAAUGUACAUAUGGUGGCGCUCAUUGUGAUCAACUUCACUUUCGGCACAAGACAAUCUCGACUUGCAAAACACUUUUGUAAACAAUAAUAGGUAAAUUAUAGGGCAUAUACAGUGUAAGAUGACAAAAAUUUCCUACGAUAUGUAAGAAAUUUCCUGCAAAUUUAUUUUUGUUAAAUUGCCGGACAUUUUCCAGAACUGCUUUUCAGAAUCUUACCCACAUCCUACCUUGGAUGUCCUCAUGUCCGUCUGAUAUACUUGACCCAAUAAAGUUGGGUGAGUGUUGCGUGGCAGUUCAGGUUAAUUCAUCAAACCAUAGCCUGCGAACAGGCUCUCAAGCUGAAUUGAGAGCCUGCAUCGAUGACUAAUGAAUUUGAAUAUCUGCGUCUCAAAUCGUGACGCGAAAUUCUCAUGUCAGAUGCUACAAUUUAUAUGUUUCCGCUGAGCUCUAUAUAUGUCAACUGCUGAAGCACUAUGCAUAAAAAACACAUUAACUGAUCAAAUUGGUCUUGCCCGUCUUAUCUCAAAGCAUGAAAUGUUCUGUUUUGAGAAAACAGUAUUUAAAAUAUUUCAACUUUUGCUUGAACAUCUUAUAUUUCGAAAAACAGUAUAAACUGUACGGUCUAAUUUAGUUUGCACGGUCUAAAUUUAGUUUGCACGAAAGUUGUAAACAACAUCUUCCGAUCUAUAGACAUUCCAUAUUUGGAAAAGCGAACGUUACGGGGCAGAUAUUCAAAUUCAAUAGUCAUCGAUGCAGGCUCUCAAUUCAGCUUGAGAGCCUGUUCGCAGGCUAAUCAAACUACAAUGCACCAUAUAGUUACUUUAGUCUUACUUUACUUUACAGAGAUACGACAAUAUAUUUUUUUAUUAUUUCAUUUGGAAGAACUUGAAAAAUAAUUUAUAAAUCUCUUUUACCGAUUUUGCGUAACUUGAUUAUUUCUUGAGAUUUGUUGAACAGAAAAAAUCACAAAUCAGCGAGCUUUUCGCCAUCUUGGAUUUUGGCGGAUAUGCAUGUGACCAUAGAGAUUAUAAAUAACACUAGAGGAGGCAUCGAGGUUAAAAAUUAGGAAUAGGAACGCAGCUAAUGGGGGGCAAAUUCAAGUCCCGGAUAUAAAAUCGUGCUCUCAUUGGCUGAUUUGAAACUCGUCACCAAUGGGAACACGAAUACACAUCCGGGACUUGAAUUUGCCCCCCAAUAGUCGCGUUCCCUUUUUUUUACUGAAUUAAGAUUACAAUGCCUCCUCUAGUGUCAUUUAUAAUCUCUAUGCAUGUGACAUCAUAAGCAGGGUCACGCAAGAAUUUUAUCCGUAGAGCAAUUGGUUAUUAUGAGCCCAAAAUCAUAUAUACUUCAGUAACUAUUUGAAAUAAAAAAACUGUCUGACGACUUUUCAAACAAGACUUAAUGUUAUUUGGUCAUUUAGAUGUAGUUUUAUAUGGCUAACCCAGCUUUUGACGUCACUAAAAUCACCGAUAAUGAGAUAAAAAUUAAUCCAAGAUGGCGGACAGCAAAUUAUUUUAAGUCAAAAUAUUUCAAGAAAUAAUAAAGUUACGUAAAAUCGGUAAAAGAGAUUUACAUAUAAUUUUAAAAGUUCUUUAAAAUGAAAUAAUAAAAAAAUAUAUUGCCGUAUCUCUUUAAGUUGUCAUAAGGAAAUUGUGAUGCUCGAUGUUACUGCAGAUUAAACAAAGAAAACUAUUUUUAAAAAAUUAUUUUUAUCUCAAGAACAAGAGUUGCAAAUAUUUGGAUAAUACAGCAAUCUCCAUGAGAGUACUCCCCAAAAUUACUAUAGGAAUGCCAUUUCAGAGCCGCGGUCUAAAUUUCAAGAUCUUGAUGGGAGAAAUGCCCUAGGACUUCCCCCUCGCAUGGGAGUGGUACCUUCGGCAUCACAUAGCCACGUACUCCUUUCAAAACUCCUCCUAGACUCGAAAUUCUAUUUGGGAACCCUGAGCUAGGCCCUCGGCAAAAACUUGCAGUCAAAUGCGAGCGAGAGUUGGAACUUUCGUCAAUGGACCAUUUGCAUUAUAGACUAAAUUUUGAUCUAAAAAAGUCUAGACAACAACUUCAUCACAGCUUGAAAGAGCAUCGCAAAAUUAGUAAUAUUCCGAAGUUUCGUUGCGAAAUGUUGUAAAAUGCGGAUAAUAUAGCCUUGCGAAGUUUGCCAUUUUUCAGUCAUUUUGUAUUACAAACGGCAAAUUGACAGCCCUAAAGGGUAUUGGGCUGUCAAUUUCCCCCGCGUCUAAAUUUUUGUCUAGACUUGUUUAGAUCAAAAUUUAGUGUAUAAUGCAAAUGUCCAUUCUCAUCCUCGUUUGACCGGCGCUCAAUAUCCUGCAGUCAACUCUCAUCAACCCUCAUUUGGCGAGAGCUUAAAUCUUUAUUAUCCCCACAGCUAUAUCAUCUUGGCAAAGAAUACCCCGCCGGCAAGGAAUAUUUUCACACGAGAUUACAUCAAGCAUUCAUGAAGAAUAAAGAUGUCACAAACCCAGAACAGAUUCAGCUACUUAUUGAUCGAGGAAAUUAUGUUGUGAAAGAACUGGAAGCUUUGUAUAUGUUGCGAAAGUAUAGAACUUUGAAGAAACGCUAUUAUAGUUGA